UUUCACCUAAACUCAUACUUAAGAUGGAAAGAAAAAAUUUCAACAGUAAAUGGGCAGCAAUUAAUAAACUGAGUUGAUAGCAAAGAAUAACUUAGCAAUUAUGAAACUGUGCAGUUGCUGUAGAAAGGUUUUCAAUGGUGUGUGCACAUAUAUAUGAAACAUAUUCAAAAUACCAUACUAUAUAUAAAACAUAUUCAAAAAUUCUGUCAGGAGCAAAAUAGGUCAACUGCCUAGAUUUCCGAGAUGGUAGAAUUACAAUACCGUCAGGAGAAAAAGCGAAAGUUUACAUGCUGUAUUUGUAAGGAAGCAAGACGAGACACGGAUCUCUUCGUACGCCUGGGUUUCGUUCUGCUUUAACCUAGGCACUUCCAGGCGCCCCUGCGGCCCGAGGGGAAAGCGGGACCGUUCAGGGCCCAGGCAGCGGGGGGAGAGCCGGAUAAAACCUCCAUCACAAGGGGAGCGCCCCACCCCCGGCCCCGCUGGCAUCGGGCCUCCGCGCCCAUCGGCGGCCGGGGAGGUGGACGCGGAAGUGCCGGGGCUGGCGGCGCAGGGCUCGCCCGGGGCGGGCGCGGUGGCGGCGCGGCGCGGGAUGCUGGGGCUGGCGGCGGGGCUGCUGGCGGCGGCCGCCGUGGCGCUGCUGCUGGACUGGUACGGGCCGCCGGGGGCGCCGCCGGCCCCCGGGCAGCGCCGCCGCUGGGCCCCGCAGCCCGCGCCCGGCGCGGCCGCCGCCAGCCUGCUCUGGGUCGUGCAGGUGUCAGAUAUUCAUAUCAGCAAAUUUCGGGAUCCCAAACGAGCUCCUGACUUCGAAAAAUUCUGUUCUGAAACAAUUGAUGUAAUUCAGCCAGCACUUGUUCUAGCAACAGGUGAUCUGACAGAUGCUAAGACAAGAGAUAAACUGGGAUCUGAGCAGGUAGAAGACGAGUGGAAAACUUAUCAGUCAAUCCUGAAGAGAUCAAGGGUCAUGGAAAAAACCAAGUGGAUAGACAUCAAAGGGAAUCAUGAUUCAUUCAACAUUCCACGCCUGGAUAGUGGUCAGAAUUAUUACAGGAAAUACUCUGCCUGGCAUAAAGAUGGCUCUUUCCAUUACAUCCACACUACCUCUUUUGGGAACUAUUCAUUCAUCUGCGUGGAUGCCACACUCAGCCCAGGCCCUAAGAGACCCUAUAAUUUUUUUGGGAUUUUAAACAUGAAUCAAAUGGCAGAGCUGUCUUUGAUGGCAACAGAAAGUCUACACAGCAACCAUACUAUCUGGUUUGGCCACUACCCCACUUCAACUAUCAUCUCCCCAUCCCCUGGAAUACGAACACUAAUGAGUUCUGCCACAGCCUAUUUAUGUGGACAUCUCCAUACAAUGGGUGGGCUGAUGCCAGUCUUGCACAGUCAACACCGUGGUGGCACUCUGGAACUUGAAUUGGGAGACUGGAUGGAUAAUAGGAGAUACAGGAUCCUCGCAUUUGAUCAUGACCUCCUCAGCUUCGCAGAUCUUAACUUUGAAGAGUGGCCUGUAGUUCUCAUCACCAAUCCCAAAUCCUUCCUUUACAGCAGUUCUACUCACGAACCACUAGUCAAAAUUCUUUAUUCCACUCAUAUCAGAAUUCUGGCAUUCUCUCCUUCUGUCAUUAUCUCUGUCAAAGUCUACAUAGAUGGAGUUCACCUGGGAAAUGCACAUCAGGUGUCUGGUCCUCUCUAUGUGCUGAAGUGGAGCCCACAAAACUACAGUGAAGGGUUCCAUCACAUAGAUGUAACUGUCCAGGAUGCGUCAGGAAGAAUUGGCACACGGGGCCAUUUAUUUGGUAUGGAAGAAAACCUCUCUCUUAGAUUUGACUUUUGGUCAUCUGUUAUUCUUCUCACUGACCACUAUGUUCUAGCUCGAGUGCUCUUUGGACUGACUGUGCUGAUUCAGAUUACCUUGCUUGUUGUUUUCCGACACCUCCAAAAGCCAGCACUCAAAGAAAAGCCGGGAUUACUUACUCUGACUUCAUAUUCUCUUCAUGUCUUCAGUAAAACAAACACCUUCUAUUACUCAAUUCUGGUUUUGAAUUUAUACACCAUUCUGGGACCGUGGUUUGUAGGUGAACUGAUAGAUGGCCAGAUGGGGGCCUGUUUUUCCUUUGGGGUGUUUGUUGGUGGCUCCUUCUUACAGGGUAGUAUGACAUUUGUCGUUGGGAUUUUACAGCUGAUGUUUUUCAACCUGCCAUUGAUGGCCUAUCUGUGCUGGUGCCUGCUGCUGCGAUGCCAGGGCCACAGCUUCCGUUCCCACUUCCGUCACGCCCGACGCCUCGUGGCUGUGCUUGUUCACCUGGCAAUGGCCCUGCUGCUGGCCUGGCAGGUCUAUUCCUGCUACUUCCUGCAGCGAACAUACGGCACCUUGGCCUUCUUCCUCUCCCCAAUGAGAACGUGGCUGGUGGUACUGACCGCAGCUCUCAUUUAUAAAACCUGGACACUGAAAUCAUCAGAGCUCAGAACUUACAUAACAGAGAUAAAAAACUGUCAAAGCUCCUGAGUAUAAGUACUCCAAAGUCUGUCUUAAAAACUGUCAAGGUACAACCUUAUCAUUUGGUGAUGCUGGCAUUCCAUACACGCCAACCAUUAGGUGGUAAGACCCAAAGCUGCACCUGCACUGCUACAGAACUGUAUUAAAUAGUAAAUGUACAAUAUGUUAAACACACUUUCCUUGUAUUAUACAACAUACUGUAUAAUACAUGUUAUAUAAUACAGUUAUGCAUUAUACAUCAAUACAGUCAACUGUGAAAUAAUAUCAUCAGUGAAGUUUUUUUAGUGAUACAGAGUUAAUGUGUCCAUAUGGCUCACAAAAGGAAAUAUUUGCCUAUUACUACUGUGAAUAGAAAAAUACUUUUAAUUAAUUAUUGAUUUUUAUAAUGCUGCAAAAUAGGACUUGAUGAGCUUCUGGAUUUGUGAUUCUUUGAUUUUUAUUUCAGGGGUGACUUGUGUUUUUACAAGAUUAUACCAGAUGUCUUUAUGAAGUAAUAGUGAUUACAAAGGCACUGUAGUGGCCUUCACAAUCACAGUCCUAUGCCCAUACAUGUUUUCAGUUCAUAAUGCUGUAUACAAGCAGAUUAGAGGCUGUAAAAUGUCUGUGUGUUUGUGUUCAUGUUUACCUGAACUGUGGCCUAUAGCUCUUGCCCUGGGAGUGUUGGCUAACCAACCAGGCUCACUCUCUGCAAGGAAGGAGUUUCAUUUUCCACUACUGAGGCUGCCAGUCCUCCCACCCAUGACUGGUAAAAGGACUGUGAAUUAUCAGUGGUGCUGGGGUUUUCAGCUUCAAAGCAAAGAAUGGAGACAAUGUCCUCAGGAUGGGAGAGGCUGUAGGAAUAUUAUGGUAUGAUGCUAUAAAAUCUGUAAUUUCUGUUUUUCUGGGUCUCAGCUGUGUUUCUGGGUGUCAGCCAAAUGCACCAAAGAGUGACCUAAGAAAACUCAUUUCUUUGUUUUCAUUUUUUCUAAGUUCAAAAAUUGUAGAACAUUCAGUUACAAUAAUGAAGAAUGCAAAGAUCCAGAGCCAAGAAAGCUGAGGUGCUUUGAUCUGUAAAGAACACUGCGUUGCUUCACAAAAGACCAGCUGUGAGCAGAACAUCUAAAACACUUUAGGUAAUUUUACAGUAACUUAUUUAUGGCUUCUCAAGGAAAAAGAGGGCUAAUUUAUUUAUGGUUCCUUGGGAAAAAACAGCAGUGACUGUAGUAGAACACAGUAAAAUAAAUUGGAAGAAAAUAUUGACUACAACAAGGACUUCUGUUAUUUCGAACAGAUGACAGUUUUCCAAUUCCUUAAUUUCUGUUCUUCAGUGAUACAGGAAAAUAGUAAUGUAAUACUAAUGAUAAUGUAAUGUCUUCAGUGUAAUAGGAAAAAGAAAGAGCACCCAUUUACAUGAGUUAAAUACACUGUUAAGAGAAUAAAGAAUGUAAUUUGUUGCUACACAAGUUUGUUCUGCAAAGCUGUUAGAAAAUCAGAGAUGGCGCAAAAUUUAUUUGUGAGAUACAAUACUGAAAAAUUGAUAAUAAAGUGACAUUUCACAAUUAAAUUACUUUUAUGUGAUUAGAGAGCACAAGAAGUGGCAAUAAUAUACUUCAUAUCUUUUGACUUGUUCCCAUUGUUAAAUAUAUUGUUACCCAAUAGUUUUAUCCUUAGGCUGGCCUCUCCAAUAGUCUCUGCACUGCACACACUUGAACCCACUGAUUGAUCAAGCCCACACUGAGCGUUCAUACAUGGCUUGUGUGGAGGCUGAAUUUUAUUUUUUUUAAGAAGAAAGAGGAACAAAAGUGCACUUACCAAUCCAGAAAAUUCUGGGCAUCUAGGAAAGCUGCCACAUAACCCCCUUUGGCUUCCUCAAACACCUCUCUGGGGCACUGCAGCACCCCAGUGCUGGAGAGGAUUCACCGAGGUUGCUGAUCAAGGGGUCGGCGCACACUGGAGACCUGUCCCACCAGAUUUGCUGCUGCUGGGACAGCAGGACGAUCCGGCUCUGUGGCUGUGUCACCAAAACGCCUGCUGUCCCAGCUAUGGGUUCCCUCACCAGCUGUGCAAGAAGCCCAUGGACACAGAGUUGAGAGGUGCAUUUCCUGUGUGUGCAGAGCGGGUGACAGAGCUGGCACACCUGCAGUGUCUGUACCUGCUUUUAUAUAUCCCAACCCCUGGAACAACAGCAUUCCCCCUGCAGGCAUUGCCUGUACAUUUUCUUGCCUUCAUUUAAAGGCACACUACUCUUAUUUUGCCACCCAUGCUCUAGGGGAAAGUGGCUGAUGGGAUUAUAUUUCACUAUGCUAAUGACUAAAUGUUAGCAUAAAAGUCAAGCAAACUUCUUUGGCCUUAUCAGGCAGUUGUUCCUGUGUUGUCUCCUUGUUUACUGGAUUUAUAGAGCCAUCCUCCUCUGCUUUGCACUCAUUUUGCAGAUUUAUGGAGUAAUCUUUUUCUCACUUCUCCUUGCUGGAGCCUUGUUUCUUGGUUCCUCCUGGCUAUCUUGCAGAGAAUAGAGUCUGUUGCACAUACAGCACUCUUAUCAUCACUUACCCGCACCAGAGAACAGUAGCAAAACUGAAUUUCACUACUUUUUAUCUUACUACUUUGAAUCUAUACUUCUCGUUGCAAAAUUCUGUGUUAGUGUGCCUAAAACAUCAUGUCUCAUUUCUGCUUCCUUCUUUGCUUUUCCUAAAGAGUUCUGAGUUGUCUCACUAAGUAUUUUCUCAGUUUGAAGCUUAUUCCAGCUGCUGCUACCAUUUCUAGUUGUGGGAUAAUGCGAUCUGUGAUCUUUUCUCCCCUGGUAAUCUAUUUAUGGAUUAUAUAAAUAUUUCUUACUGUGAAGAGAAGCCAGUAAAGAGAAGGUUAGUACAGCAAAAGAGAAGAGCAAUGUUAGAAACAGGACUAAGUAAUCCUGCACUUUCUUCUUCCACAAUCAAUGCAUUAAAAUAUUGAAUGAAGAGAUUAAGCUAUUUGAAAGGGAUCUGCCUCAGGUCUCUUCACUUUUGUAACAACAGCUACUAUAAACUGCAGUAACAAAUACUUACAUCUGGGCUGGAAAGGUCUUUUCACGGUGUUGGUGACAUUUUGCAUGAAAUCCUGACAUUUAACUGUACAGCUUAGCACUAAACCCUAAUAGGUGCUCUUAUGAAAAAUACCAUGUUUUUCUAUUUUCAAUGAACAAGACAAAAAGGAGGACAAGAAACAAAAUGAACAAAAAAAAACCAAACACAAAAAAAAAAACACCAAAACCAAACCAACAAACAAACCAAAAAACAGGAAAGGGAUGAAAAUGAAAGGGAAGAAAGCAGAAGGGAAGAAAAUUAAAUAUAGGGCAGACAACAGCAAUACUUCAAGAUCCAAAGGGAGAUCAGAUGGAAAUGGGAAUGCAUAAGAUAAUAGUUACAAAGCAGAAGAUUGGCUUCAUCAAAAAUUAGAAUAAAAAGUGUCGCUGCCCAAACCGUUUACAUUUUAUUACCCUUUGCAAAUGCUUACUUAUAAAGAUUGUAGCUGAACUUCCUUACUGUGGUCAUGAUGUCACAUGAAGAUGGAAAUGCAUAAAAGUUCACAAAAAGCCCCUAGCAGCUGUAGGUCAGUUUUGAAACCAUAACAAUGGGGGCUGGAGUAAUGGAGCAGUGAAGAGUCCUCAGGAACAGAAUGCUAUAUGAAAAGGCCCCAGGAAGAGAAUACUAGAAAUCCUUAUUUAGUUAACAAACAAUUUUUCAAAGAGGCUCAAGCAGAAACUGUAAUAGAAUAUAAGGUUAAAUAGUAACUUGAUAGGUGAUAGAAGGAAAAUGUAACUUAGAACAACCUUUGAUUACUGUAAUACUCAGAGACACCCCUCCCAGAAAACUUGUCUGUGUAAAUGAUAAUAUAAUGAACUGCAUCAAGAUUUGCACAUGCGCAUUAGGAAUUUUGUCAUAGGCAUCAGCAAUUAAGCAUGAGUGACUAUUAGUCAGUGUUUGUAUGACUCUUCCCUUAACAUCCUUUUUGAAUAAAAAGCUGUACUUGUUUCCUAGAAGUUGUGCCAGUGCUCUGUGUGUUACAGGAGCUGCUGUUCCAUGUACAUGGAAAAAUUGCUGGAUUAUACCAGAAAGUCAAGACGACCUAAAGAGAUCAGUAGAGGAACAAAGAAACAAGAACCCCAGCCAACAGCUUCUAAGGAGACCAUCUUAAAUCAAGAAGGUAAACAAGAUGGUGAACUGCUUUGGCUCAGAAAGGUGAAAAAGUAAUUUUGGAAGCGUGAGAUCAUAACCAGGGACUCAAGAAACCCACUGACUCAAAAGAUAAGCAGUUAUGCACAAGCAGACUUAGUUAGCAAAUGUGAUGCCAGCCAAUUAUGAGUAAAAAUUAAUAUUAUGAGAUAGAGAGUGAGGCAAAUGCAUGCAUUCCAAGCUGGUUUUGGAAUUACUACCUAGCACCCAUCUUGGUGCAAAAUAUUAAAUAAACCAAGUAUUUUGGCUCUGGGCCAGAUACUGGCUUUGCACUGCAGGUACUGAACCCUGUUUGAGGAACACCACCAGCUGUGUUGGUGGAGAUAAGAAACAGAUGCAUGGGUCUGUUUUUGGGAAAAGGAGAACAGCUUGACCUAAAAAACAUGGAAUGCAAUAAAGGGAAACUAAGACAAUGAGAUAAAAAGGGAAGAGACUUAUUACGAUGUUGACAUCUCAAGAGACAGAAAUAAUUAACCAUUCGCCCAGAGUUACAGGGAAUCAGGAGGGGGUUAUGAAACAUGGUCUUGCCUUAUUGUUGUAAAAUGUGAAAUAUGUAAAAGUUCUCUUAAAAAGGGAUGUUAUUUGAUAUUUAUAUAUUUUCAAGCCUAAUUAACAAGAAAGAAGAUACAAUCCACAAAGCAGGUAGCAGCUAAUAAGCAAUCUCUAAGUGAUGCCCAGGAGUUAAAGUACUUGUUGGCUUCAAAGUUUAGGGCUUGACAUGCUUGAUCUCAGGCAUAGUGGGAGGUUAGCAAAGCUUGGGAAGAAUGUACUACUGACAGAGGAUACAAAGAAUGCAGACUUUAUUGGCCACAAGGACAUCUGGAAGAAUUCCCAAGAUAAGGAAGAAACUAAUGAAGACAACUCAGCAACUGUGCUGAAACUGGCUCUGACUGGAUAAAGGUAAUUCUGACAUGGGAGAUCACAACCACUAACUCACUAAACCCACCAACCCAAAAGAAGUGAAAGACUGGGCAUGUGGACUAAUUACUAUGAGAAGCAACCUCCAAAGCAUACUGGAUUUUUCUUACCAGCUAUUUAUCACCCUUUGUUAAAUGACACCUCUCGCAGUACAAAAUAUAUAAUAGCUGAAGAGCCACACUAUUACAAAUAUUAAGAAAUCAGGACUUAGGAAAUUGGAAAUUAGGAAAGAUUAAAAAAACCCAGUUUUUAUAACUGAUGGCAUUUAAUUUAAAGAAUCUUCUCCUUAUGGCUUUUUAUUCUUAAGAGUUGACAUGAACCAGGAUUCACAAUACAGGAAUACUUCUGUGAGAAUAGUAAACACUGGGGUUAUCAGGGUGAGGUUUACUUUGACUGUCCCUAUCUUUUUGUCUUAAAGCCAUUUUGAUUAAUGCUGCUAGAGCCUGUACUGCCCUCCACAGCUUACCUAACUCCCGGACUGCUACUGCAAUCAAGCUGUCUUUAUUAUGGUAAGGAAUCAGUAUCUCAGCAUGAUCUCACUCUGAAUCACCCCUCACAUCACAGCUCUUAAUAGACUAGUGACUUGCGUGGAUUACUAAGCAAUUCCUAUAAAAAUAAUAGUGCUGGGAAUAUUAUAAUUUUAUCAUAUUUUGCUCCAGUUGUGAAAAAUAACUGUCUAGAGGACAAUUACUCAUGGAAAGUGUGUCAACUCAUGGUGCUAGAGAUGAGCUCGCUCUGGAAUAGCUCUUCAGCAAAUAUUGUGAUAUUUACUUCCUCGAGAUUUGAAUCAAACUCUGCAGGCUUUUUGCUGUUAAUCAGUACCUAUAGCUAGGCAGUUAUAAUUAAGCAAUUGCACAGUGAAACUUGUAGGCAUGGCUGAACCAUUGUUUUAAGGAAAAGGGAACACAGUCCCAAAAUAAAUGGGCUGUCUGGAUGAGAGCCCUUGGAGUGAAGUCAGCAGGACUGAGCAGUAACUAGAGAAAAGGUAAUCCUGCAGGGAAGAUCAAAACUACCGACCCCCUGACCACCAAGUUAAAACAGAUCCCCAAAUGGAAUGGGGGGGAAGAAGUGCACAUGAGGAAUAAUUAGCAUGAGAAGCAAGAGAUAUAGCUGGCAAAUAAGGGUCUGAGUACUAAUUAAUGAAAAAGCUGUAUCAAUUGCAAGCAAUGAAUGCUGAUGGUUUUGUUUGCUAAAAUGUGCAAGUAGUGUAAAGUUUUCAUGGUGGUGAGGCAGACUUUUGUGGGUUGCCCCCUAAUUAAUUUCCUAGUUUGCACAGAGUACAAUAAAGAAAUAGGAAUUUCUCACCUUGAUGUGUGAAGUGCUGUCACACACCAACCAGGUGACGAGCCUGUGCUUGGGACAACACAGGAUGUUCUUUUAAACCACACCCAUUAAAUAUUUGCAAGUGUAGGUGGCAACUGUCAAAAUCACGUCAAGAACAUAUUAUUCAUUUCAAGUACAAACUAUUGCAUUGCUGUUUCUAGUUCAAUUUAAUUUAUUAGCAUCCCAAAAUCUCUGCUUUCAGUACAUACAGAACAACUUAAUGGUUUAUUAAAGAAAUGGAAAUUAGUAUUAAGUAAAAUCUUGUCCACUGUUAGAGGCAGAAUGCAAUUAUUUUUCUCAAACCAUUGACUUUUACUUCGAAAUUAAGACGAUCUGUUUUCCAAUAUUGCCUCCAUUCAUCAUGGACUGGAAAGCAGCUUUAAGAAAAAUAAUGAAAUAAGUUAAUAUUAAGCAGUACAAGCCAAGUAGCUUCUAACAAUGAAACCAAAAAUGGUAGAAGAAAAUGUAUUAAGCAGCUCCCCAAAAAGGAGAGAUACUACUUUGGACCUAACCAUAUUUAUCCUUAAUGAUGUACUAAAUUAAGAAGGGGAUUAAAAAAAAAAAAAACACCAAAAAAACCACAAACCAAAAAACCUAGCCUGUAAUAAACUGCUAAGGGCAGCUUUGUGUAAUAAUUUAAAAAAAAAAUCUGUAAGCAACUGUUUGACCCUAUACAAGUUAAAGAUUACAUUUGCUGCUUUUGUGAUAUGUCACACAAACAGGAAAGACAAGGCAUGAAUGCACAGCUCACAAAGGCUGUGGGUCACACAAAUGUUUGUGAAAGAAAAGCUUUCUAAAUAUUGUACAAUAGUGGGAGAAGCUGGUACAAAAGAAUAUGUCUUUGAGUAAACAAAGUAUGAAAGUAUGAUAUAUGACUGAUAUAUCUGACCAAGUUACUUCAAAACACAUAUGUAUACCAGUAAGGAGGAAUUAGCAAUGACUAGAAUAAAUUUAAAUCUAUGAGAUUUAGUUAUCACUUAAUUCCACUAGUUUUCAAACUUGUGGGACUAAUGGCUAAAGGGACUAAAUCACACUCUUCCCUCUUCCUUAAGGGGACACAUUUUUACAACACAUCACAUGGCUCAUGUCACCAGACCCCCUUCAUUUUUUUAUUUCCUUUGUUACAGAUACUUUGAACAGACUACAGAACAUUUUGUUCUAUUAAAAGAAAAUAAUUUUUACUUUCUUUAGUAAGAUGCUUUGCCCUUUCUUCUGUAUAUUUUUCAUUUUUUUUUUGUUAGCAAAUCCAACAACAACCUCUGUUAGAUACUGCAUUUUUAAAGUAUAAAGGAUUUUUAAAAAGCAUUUCCUUACACACAAGUUCAAAGAAAGGGGCAGCACUUUAAACAUCUAAGAUCUGGAUGAUUAUUACCAGUUGCUAAGACAGCAGUCUAAGAAUAAAUUCCCCUCAGUACUAAAACAACAACAACAACAAAAUCUAAAUUUAUAUUAAAUUAUUUAAAAUAUACAAUAAUUCUCUUAAAGACUAUUUCAAUAAUUAGUGAAAAAAUCAUUAUAACAAAAAUAAUGUUUUUGAUAAAAUACAAACAUCUAAAUUGACAAAGGAAACAAAGGAGGUAGUUAACCUCUAAUGUCAUUGCAUAUAAUCAGGCCAUUACUCUUCAGAAAUGAUGUGAAUAUCUUACCACCGAUGUUUGCUAAGCCUUCUACCACGGUCUCUCUGACCUGUCAAUGCAAACAAAUCCUUUCAGUUUUCCUCAAACAAGAGCAGCAUUCCACAUUUCUUAGAAACAUGCCAAGAAACUGCCACAGAAACCACCAAAAUCUAAAGACUUCUCUUGCUACAAUGGACAGAGCUCUGUUUGGACCAGAUUCUUUCUUCAAGAGAGGUGUGAACAUUUUCUGAUAAAUUUGCAGGUGGGUUAACUCUUCAAUCAGAUUCCUGCCCCUACCAAAACUGAAUGUCUUGGUAUUUUCCCAGGAAGAUUACUGAUCACUUGAAGAAGCAAAAACUAAUUCAGACAGACCUCACAGGGAAGGCACAGUUAAGCAUAUAUCCAUUACAAAGUAAUAAAUGGUGAUUAUAAAGCUUGAAGUAAAAUUUCCAACAAGAGCCUCAAAAGCAUUCAGGACACUUAGCUCAUCAGGUAAUUGAAAGUAAGUAUUUUUGAGAGUCUGAAUCUUUAAGUAAAAAAGCACUUGCACCCUAUGGUGAAAUAAAGAAUAAUAAACAGUUAAAACAUGUAAUCAGAGAAGUCAGUUAUACUACAGUCACACCAUUCUCAGCAAGUACCUUUUAAAACAGCACUACCUAAUAAGCUUUCAGUUAUACUUACACUUUUUUUAAAAGGUCUGUUCAAUCCUGAGGCACAGUAAGAGAGCCAGAGACAAAGAAAUUAGUCCUCUUGUAGUAGGAGACAGUAUCAAAGGCCAUAGAUUAAACCUACAAGUUCUCACCUUCAGUUUACCCUCCUGGAUCCACUGGCAGAGCUGUAAUACACUAGCUUCUUGUUUGUCCAUGUAGUUCAACACCAAGAAUCUUUCCCUGUGAAAGAAAAGAAUGAGCUUUGGUUUAAGAAACUUCGAUCAAUGUCCUUGAAAAUCUUUAAAAUCAGAAAACAGCCUUGUUGAAAGAAGGGUUAUGAGCACAAAUUAUAAAGAAAUGUAGCUCAGGGCCUUGCCAGUUUGUUGUGACAAUUCCUGCAGUGGGAGCUGGACAGGAACACCAGUCUUAGGAAAUUUUCUUCAAGUAUCAGAGAAAAGAGUAAUAAAAAUCAAUAGUUAAAGUAGUAUCAUCAGAAUAAGCAAAUAUCCAUAAAAUGUGAGCAAAUUCCCAUUAUUUGUUGCCUUUUAUUUUUUCUUUUUUUCAGUGGUAGGGAGAAUAAUUAGUGAACCUGCAACCAGAUGGUGAGAAUAACUUAACUUCCAGGUUCCCCACAAUUCUGCAUAUCCUGCUGUCACGGCCUUCCAUAGCAACUGAGAAAUUGAAAUUACCAUAAAAAAUUAUAAUUACUUGUAGGGAUAUACUGACUAAACUCUCCACUGCAUUCUACUAUGCACGGUAUAUUUCAAUAAUUAUAUUCAUUUUUUAGAAGGGCAGACAACAGUAACAAGGACAAGGAAAGAUUUUAAUUAGACAAGAUCAAUUGAUUUGCACAGAAAUCAAGUCUCCCAAAUGUCCUGCAAUGCAAUGACUGAAAAAUCUAAGACUCUCCUCCUCAUCUUUGCCUUAGCUCCAUCUGAACCCUAAGGGGAAAUUUAGCAAUUCCCAGAGUCAGAACAUAAUAAAAAUGUUCUACCCAUAUAUAUCUGUCACACCUACAGUUCCAUUAUCUAAUAAACCCCCAAAUACUAAAAAUGUAAUUUCAAUAAAAUCAGCAUCAGCUGCAUCCUUAUGACAGAACUACAACAUUUUGAGAGAAGGCACUUUGCAAAGCAUCUGAGAACAGAACUAUGGCAACACCUUCCCUCGUACUAAAGAAUUGUCAGGGAUUAAAGGACUGAAUCAAGCAACCUCAAACAAAAUGUAACAACUGACAUCUAUGACUCUAUAUAAAAACAUCCUUUCCCAUUUUUUUAUGCUGAUAAAGACAAAUAUAAGGGAAAGGAUCUACUGAUACAACAAUUCUAUUUGCCUUUUUAGGCAUGGCAACAUUCUAUUCCAAUUACAAGUAGCUACUGCAGGUUGCACACUACAAACACCAUAGGAACAAUCUACCUGGAACCUGGUCACAAGUUCUGGAGGAGAAAUGUACCUUGUGAUGUUCCUUUCUUUCUGUAUUUUUUCUAUGUCAGGAGGCAGUGGAGGGGGAUAAGGCACAUCUUUGUUAUACUGCGAAAUCUGUCCACACAGGAUGAUAUGGCUGUUCUGAUUCAUCUGUUUGGGACAACAAAGUGAGAAAAAUGGCAUUACUCGGCCUCAGAAACUAAAUUUUUCAGAUGCAAUAGAUGUUAUUGCAAAAAUUUCACUAGGCACAUUUCCUAUAAGAUGGGAGAAUUGCAUGCAGUCCCAUUCAAUCUAUGACAUUAAAACAGGUAAAAAUGCAAGGCAGUAGUGGGAAAAUAACUGCUAUACAGCCUUGUGUAAUUUUAAAAGGCACUAAAUAGAAGGAAUAUAGGAAGAUGUUAUCUUAAUGUGGGCCCCCAGAAUCAGCACCUGAAGUCGAAAGCUGUGGAAGUAUUAAAGCUGUGUUGUAUUACAGGCUGGACUCCAGUAUGAAUCAAUUGAAAGCUGGACAAUGGAGAAUGACUAGAAUAAACUUGGCAGCUGGAAUAAUCACCUGACUUAUAACUGUAUCACUGAUGUCUCCACCAACAUUGUCAAAGUAAACAUCCACACCAUCUGGGCAGACAUCACGUAGCUGUUUUGCCACAUCCCCCUUCUUGUAAUUGAUAGCAGCAUCAAAUCCCAU